UACAGGCGCUCAAUCGGUUAUUACGGAGGAUCCGUGACUAUUUUCGAACAAUUUCCUCCUUUCAUCCCGCGCAAUGCGCCUUAUCUGAUUAUUCUAAGUCCUUUUUUUUUGAAACAUUAUUCACCAUACAAAUAACAAUCCAGAAUGAGCGUAAUUUUCAGAAGGAUCCAAGCGAUCCAAGAGUCGCUUUCCGAUGAUAUCUUAAUGCCUCUCAAGAGCUACAAGUAUCAGAGCGUCGAUAAAUCCUUUAUCUCGAACUAUAUACUUAGACAUUAUUGGAACGCAUUUGUUGAAUUUUUACCGCUCUCGCUGGCGCCGAACAUGGUCACACUACUGGGUUUCCUGUUCAUUGUUGGCAACGUGAUGCUUAUAGAGAUCUUUGUGCCAGAUCUUGUGGGCCCGGGUCCUUCUUGGUUAUAUUACAGCUUCGCUUUUGGCAUGUGGAUGUACUCUACUUUGGAUAAUGUCGAUGGAAAACAAGCGCGCAGGACUGGAACCUCUAGUGGCUUAGGAGAGCUCUUUGAUCAUGGCAUUGAUUCGUUGAACUGCACCUUAGCUAGUUUGCUGGAGACAGCCGCGAUGGGCUACGGUUCGUCAAGAUUGGGUGCUUACACAGCUCUGGUUCCGUGCCUGGCGAUGUAUUUCUCGACUUGGGAAACCUAUCAUACGCACACGCUUUACCUCGGUUACUUCAAUGGUCCCACCGAGGGCCUGCUCAUUGCGAUUGCAAUCAUGAUCGCGUCAGGUAUCUACGGUCCUCAGAUCUGGUCCCGACCAAUUGUCGAGUUUUUGAAUUAUCCCCAACUGUUCGGGAAUAACUCCAUGAAGGACCUCUGGAUUCCCAUUCUUCUCGGAUCGUUCUUCCUCGGUCACCUUCCUGGUUGCGUUCUCAAUGUUGCGGCUGCGCGCCGGAAACAAGGUCUGCCCCUUACACCCAUUUUCAAAGAAUGGGUGCCCAUGAUCGUGUUCACCGGCUGCAACCUUGCCUGGCUCUUCUCUCCGUAUUCGAGUCUACUGGCCCAGAACCGACUGGUUCUAUACUGCUGGACUAUGUCUUUUGUCUUUGGACGCAUGACGACUAAGAUUAUUCUUGCUCAUUUGCUGAGACAACCUUUUCCAUAUUGGACGGUGCUGCAGACACCACUCAUCGGAGGAGCUAUCCUUGCGAAUUUACCACGUCUGGGCCUCCCACCGGUGAGCGCGUCUUUCGAGCUUUUUUACUUGCGUGUUUACCUUCUGUUUGCGUUUGUCGCAUACAUGCACUGGGCAUUCCUUGUGAUUAACAGGAUCACCACUUUCCUGGGUAUCAACUGCUUGACUAUUCGGCGCGAUAAGUCCAUUGCGAGAGAGCAAGCCUAUCGCGAGUUUGGCGAGAACACUCUUGCUCCUCUCAAUCCGAGCGCUGACCCCAGCAAAGGCGGUUACAAGAGCCACUGAAUGCGUCAACCCGGUGGUUUGGAGUUGACGUGGCUCAUCCUUUUCUUCAAUAAGCCAUUGCUGCCAAUGCACAAGCGAACUUUUGGUGGGCUUGUUGGCGACGCUCAAUCCACGAGAAUGCUUGAUCCGACCGACGGGAGACGUAUAGAGACGUAUGAUAAGUCC